AUGAGGCAGCCCGCAGCACAUCCAGUUGCUUGGAAACAUCACAAACGAGAGGUUUACCUGCGUUCCAGUAACUCUUCCCCUGAGGGUAAACGUCUUCAGGAGAGUGCGGAUUGGUUUCGUCAACUGGAGCGGUUCUUUGAUGGAUCACAGACGAAGAACACAAGGUUGACGGAAACUCGGGGACUGCGCCUACCUGAUGAGCCCCAAGAAGGGCGAAACCGGUCGUGGGCUGUCGAGAAGUUUUCAGCGACCUUAUGA